UCAUCCAGUCCUGAGGCCUGAACCCUGGAGGUGGGCGGGGCUUCUGUGCUGACUGACAGCAGUAGGACUCCAUUACCCAGCAUGCACUGGACGUGUUUGUAAAAUCUCUAAAGAGGAUUUGUGUGGAUCAGAGACGACAUGCCGCUGAAGAGAGAAGAUACUGAACGUGCACUGCAGGUGAUGGAGGCCUGCCAGGCUGGAGGAGCUGAAGGAGUCAAAGGAAGAGCUGAGAAACUGCUCAACAUCUUCCAGAGUGACUUAUUCCAGGCUCUGCUGGACAUACAGGAAUUCUACGAGCUGACAGUGUGUGAGAACCAGCCGCCGAGCCAACCACACACACCUGGACAGAAGUAUCGUUACCAAGACGAUGAGACUCCGCCUGUCGACCCCAGCCCCGGUCACAUGACCCACGGACGGAGCACCGAGCUGAGCCACGCACACCUGGACGGAUAUACACACCCCGCCGCACUUACCAUGAACGGAUCCGAGGGAGAGCUGGAGUACGAAGAAAUCACUCUGGAGAGGGGAAACUCUGGUCUGGGCUUCAGCAUUGCAGGAGGAACUGAUAAUCCUCAUAUUGGAGACGACCCGUCCAUCUUCAUCACCAAGAUCAUCCCUGGAGGAGCCGCCGCUCAGGAUGGACGCCUCAGGGUGAACGACAGCAUUGUUUUCGUUAAUGACGUAGACGUCCGUGAGGUCACUCACUCCAUCGCCGUGGAGGCGCUGAAGGAGGCGGGGCCUGUGGUCAGGCUGUACGUCCUGAGGCGACGCCCACCAAGUGAACGCCUCACACAGAUCAAACUCAUGAAGGGACCUAAAGGUCUGGGCUUCAGUAUAGCUGGAGGUGUGGGGAACCAGCAUGUUCCUGGAGACAACAGCAUCUACGUCACGAAGAUCAUCGAGGGUGGAGCAGCGCACCGCGACGGACGGCUGCAGAUCGGAGAUAAAAUCCUGGCAGUCAACCACGUCUCUCUGGAGGACGUCCUGCACGAAGACGCCGUGGCGGCCCUGAAGAACACUGGGGAGGUGGUCUACCUGAAGGUGGCCACGCCCACCUCUCAAUACAUCCACUCUGUGGACCGAUACAGCCCCCCCGAUCUGACAAGCUCCUACAUGGAACCGGAUUACAUGUGUGAUUACCCACAAGCCCUGCCUCCUCCAUCGCCACGGCGAUACUCUCCCAUCCCCCGCGGCAUGAUGGGAGAGGACGACUACUCCAGGGAGCCCCGGAGGGUAUGCGUCCAGAGAGGGACCACCGGCCUGGGCUUCAACAUCGUAGGAGGAGAGGAUGGAGAGGGCAUCUUCAUCUCCUUCAUCCUGGCUGGAGGACCAGCAGACCUCAGCGGGGAGCUCCGCAAGGGGGACCAGAUCCUCAGUGUGAACGGUGUGGAUCUCAGGUACGCUACUCAUGAACAGGCAGCAGCAGCUCUGAAGAACGCUGGACAGACGGUGACUAUAGUGGCUCAGUACAGACCUGAGGAGUACAGCCGUUUUGAAGCUAAGAUCCAUGACCUGAGGGAGCAGAUGAUGAACAGCUCCUCUGGAAGUCUGAGGACCAACCGUACCUUCUACAUCAGGGCUCUCUUCGACUACGAUAAGCAGUGGGACUGCGGCGUCCUAUCACAGGCUCUGGACUUUAACUUUGGGGAGGUUCUUCACGUGAUUGACAGCUCUGAUGACGAAUGGUGGCAGGCGAGACGAGUCAACCAGCAGGGGGAGUUGGAGGAGCUGGGAUACAUCCCGUCCAAGCACAGAGUGGAGAGGAAGGAGUGGUCUAGGAUGAAGAAUAAAGGUAGAGAAGGAUUCGUCCACAGCUAUGAGCUCGUCACUCAGAUUGAAGUGGACUACGCUCGUCCCGUCAUCAUCCUGGGUCCGACCAAAGACCGAGUCAACGACGACCUGCUGUCGGAGUUCCCGGAUAAGUUUGGCUCCUGCGUUCCUCAUACGACCCGCCCCUGCAGGGACUACGAGGUGGAUGGGCGGGACUACCACUUUGUGUCAUCACGGGAACAGAUGGAGCGGGACAUCCAGUCGCAUCGCUUCAUCGAGGCAGGACAGUACAACAACCACCUGUACGGGACGUCAGUGCAGAGCGUCCGGCAGGUGGCUGAGCAGGGGAAACACUGCAUCCUGGACGUGUCGGCCAACGCUGUCAGGAGGCUGCAGGCGGCGCUGCUGCAUCCAGUCGCCAUCUUCAUCAGACCUCGAUCUCUGGAGAACAUCCUGGACCUGAACAAGCGUCUGUCGGAGGACCAGGCCAGGAAAGCUCUGGAUCGAGCAAUCAAACUGGAGCAGGACUUCCUGGAGUGCUUCACAGCCAUCGUCCACGGCGACAGCUUUGAGGAGGUCUACCACCAGGUGAAAGGCGUCAUCGAAGAGCAGAGCGGCCCCUACAUCUGGGUCCCCGCUAGGGACAGACUCUGAUUGGCCACUGCCAGCCCCGGACGCCGUCUCCAUGGAAACCGCUGUCCCCCCAGCGGGACCUGACGGAGCGGCGUCUGUCUUUUUAUCCUUUUUCUUUCUUUCUACGGGACGAUAAAGAUCAAGCUCAGCGACUGGAUGGGUUCUGUUGCCAUGGUGACUAGGGGAAGAGGACAGACCUGUUGGCUGAUUGGCUGCGUGUUGGUUCAAUAAUCAUGUAUUAUCAGUAAAUAACCAAUCAGAGACUGUAGAGUUCAGUUGGUAUUCAAGUAUUUAUAUUAUCCUAUUUAUUUAUUAAUUAUCUAUUUAUUUAUUGAUUGAUUUAUUUAUGUGAUGUGAAAAUGGUGUGUGUGUGUGUGUGUGUGUGUGUGUGUGUGCGUGCGUGUGUGUGUGUGUGUAGUGUACAUAAAGACUUGUGUGACUGUAAAUACAACGAUGGGGCUCAAACACACAGUCUAUUCAGGGCUUAAAGUAUCAACCACUGGACUACAACUCCCACAGUCCUCUACUGCUUGAAUAUCCCAAACCCCCCUUUGUCUGGACUACAACUCCCACAAUCCUCCUGAUUUGGACUACAACACCCUAAUUUCCCAUCUGCUUCGACUACAGCACCCACAAUCCUCCUUGAUCAGGACUACAACACACUUCUUGAUGGACUACAUGACCCACAAUCCCCCCCUGCACAAAACCACUCACAGCUGUGAUGAAAUUCUAAAUUCACCUCAUGUUGACUAAACUCUCAUUUUCUACAGCUGCCCUACUGGGACUACAACUCCCUAAACCCCUCUCUGUAAGGACUACAACUCACACAACCCCUCUAUGUAUGGACAGAUAUGGACUACAACACCUACAAUCUGCCUCCACUUAAACUACUAAAUCCUCCUAUUGGACUAAAUUACCCACAGUCCUUAUCUGGUGCAGUUUGGACUGUGUUCAGUGCUGCCAACUUUCUGGUUGCUUAGCAACAACAGGGAGGUAACACAAACUGAAGCACUUCCAUUUUGAAGCAAAAAGCGCUGGACUACAUUGCCCACAGUUCCUAGCUGCCGAUAAGGACUACAUAACCCACAAAUACCUACAGCACAGAAGGACUACAGUACCCACAAUCCCAGCUGACCUCCUAGUCCUCUCCACAGACUCUGGCUGUGGGUCUGGACUACAGUACCCAUGAUCCUCUGCUCCUAGCAACAGGUUGGAGAUCAAAAUUACCUGAAUAAACAAACCUUCUGGGGGCAGAGCUAAAGCUUGAGCUGGGAACAUGCCUCUAGCCCCCCAGGACUCCGUUACCCAGAGUGCCAUGGGUGUGGCUGCUGCUCCAAUGGGCUCCUCAGACUGAACAUCAGGUUGUGUGAAUACGCUAAUUAUGAUGAUGUAAUCCUAAGUGAUGAUGUGAUGUCAUCUCACGGGUCACCUGGCGUGUUUUGUUUGAGCACCAACACUUUCUGAAACCAUAUCUAUUGAUGAUCCUGUGACACUGAUUCAGACGUUGCUGGUCUGAAGAGCAGCUUGUUGUAAAAUGAAAUAAUUAGUUCUAAAUGCGGAAAUAUUGAAAUAAAUUCCUUAUAAAAGC